CAAUGACGUUGCAAAGGUUUGUCUUGUCUCUUGUUUUCCUCCGGCAGGAUAAAACCAUGAGGAGCACUCUGCUCUGUGAUUUGUAUACACUGUCUUGACAGCCGAGCCAGUAGAUUGUCAACUUCCUACCUCGGUCACACACACAACGCAGGAUACGGUUGCAGGGACGGAGUGAGGCACGGAGAGCUAAAUAAAUCGCAUCGUCUUGACAGUAUGUUGGGCAACAGAAAGAAAGCAAUCCCCCAGGUGAAGAACGGAGCCGGGACAUCCGAAUUAAAGGCCAUUGAUCCUCUGCGGAAUCUGGGAGUGCAAAAUGAUGAAGAUGUGAGGCAGAUGCUGCAGGGCUCUAGUAUGGUGAAGGUUCGCUCGCCUCGCUGGCAGAAGCGACGGAUUCUGAAGUUGCUGGAAGAUGGUGUCACCGUUUGGUGUCAAUCAUACAAAACAUCCAGCCGGGCCAAGGAGCAACAAUCCUUCUCCAUCAUGGAAGUGGAGUGUGUGCACGAAGGUUGCCAGUCAGAAACAUUGCGGCAGAUGGUUGGCUCAGUACCCGAAAACCAGUGUUUAACAGUGGUCUUCAAAGGGCCUCGUAAAAGCCUGGAUCUCCUCUGCCAAAGCCAAGAAGAAGCUCAGUGCUGGGCCCGUGGCAUCCGUACCCUGCAGGAGAGGAUGGACAACAUGACCCAGAAGGAGAAACUUGACCACUGGAUUCAUGCUUAUAUGAGUCGGGCUGACCGAAACCGCGACGACAAGAUGAGCUACGAUGAGGUUCAGAUGCUGCUGCAGAUGAUCAAUAUUGACUUGAAUGACCAGUAUGCUCGCAGCCUCUUCCAGAAAUGUGACCAGUCAGGUGACGGUCGUCUCGAUCACGGAGAGAUUGAAGUUUUCUGCAGGGAGUUGUUACGGAGGCCAGAACUGGACAUCAUAUUCAUUCGCUACUCUGCAAAUGGCUGUGUGCUUUCAGCUGUGGACCUGAGGGAUUUCCUAAAGGACCAGGGGGAGGAUUCCUCACUCGUUCAUGCCCAAAGCCUCAUACUCACCUAUGAACUUAAUGAGUGGGCCCAGAAGAAUAGCUUCAUGACUCCCAAUGGUUUCACCAUGUACAUGUUGUCAAGGGAAAACUGUGUGUUUAACCCAGAACACACUAGAGUUUACCAAGACAUGGCACACCCACUGUCGCACUACUUCAUCUCCUCGUCCCACAACACCUACCUCACUAAGGACCAGCUGACUGGGAACAGCAGCACAGAGCCUUACAUACGAGCUCUAAAACAUGGUUGUCGGUGUGUGGAGCUGGACUGUUGGGAUGGAGACAAAGGAGAACCAGUUAUCUAUCAUGGACACACACUUACUUCCAAAGUGCCCUUUGUUGAAGUAAUUGAGACCAUCAAUGAGUAUGCUUUUAAAUCCUCUCCCUACCCUCUAAUCCUGUCUUUUGAGAACCACUGCUCUCUGGAGCAGCAGAAAGUUAUGGCUAGACAUCUGCACUCCAUUCUGGGAGACAAACUUCUAACAAAGCCUCUUGAAGGCCUGGAUUCCCACAAUUUGCCUUCUCCAGAGGCUCUUAAAGGUAAAGUCCUAGUGAAGGGGAAGAAGGAGAGGUUGGAGGAAUGCUCAUCCAGCUCUUCAGACCUCAGUUCCUCAGAUGAGGAGACCAGCCGCAUAGAAGGGAAACCCAGAAGGAAGGAGGAUAAAAAGGCAGGCGUCUCCAAGAUAACUCCGGAGCUAUCAGACCUGGUUGUGUACACUUGCAGCGUUCCCUUUAAAAGCUUCGAACAAGCUGCCAAAAGUCCAGCAAUCAACAUGUCAUCUUUCUCCGAAAGUGAUGCACUCAGACAUAUUAAGGACUCAGGGGUGUAUUUUGUUCGUCACAACAGUCACCACUUGAGCAGGAUCUACCCCUCAGGCCAGCGCCUCCAUUCCUCCAACUAUAACCCUCAGGAGAUGUGGAAUGCAGGCUGUCAAAUUGUUGCUCUGAACUUCCAGACACCUGGUGAGCAGAUGGAUUUGAACCAAGGCAGGUUUCUGCAAAAUGGUGAGUGUGGGUACAUUCUGAAACCUGCCUUCUUGUGUCAGCCUGACAGUACUUUCAAUCCUGAGAAUGUGGGAGGAGGUCCUGGCCACAGACCUGUCAUGCUCACUGUUCGGGUCAUUUCAGCUCAGCAGCUGCCUAAACCAGAAUGGGAUAAGCCCAGCUCCAUUGUGGACCCACAAGUGUGGGUGGAGAUCCACGGCGCUCCUAUUGACAGCAAUAAGAAGAAAACGCAUUAUGUUGAAAACAAUGGCUUUAAUCCACGGUGGGACUGCACCUUUAACUUUACCGUCCAUGUCCCUGACUUGGCUCUGGUCCGCUUUUUGGUGGAGGAUCAUGACUAUACUUCAAGAAAUGAUUUCCUGGGACAAUUCACUCUCCCUUUCCUCAGUGUCCGCACAGGUUAUCGUCAUGUCCGACUGCUCAAGAUGGAUGGAUCAAGCCUUUCACCUGCGUCACUCUUUAUACAUGUUAAGGUCACUCCCUGUCAGAAUUCCAAAUCUUCAGCAAAAUCGCCAACCCACUUUCCAACCAAGAAUCCCUAAUCCCACUUCUGCCCUUCAGCCACAUGAUCAUUCCAUGGUAGUUAAUCAGAGAAAACUCAGUGGUUACAGCUUUCUCUCACAGAUGUUGCACCGGUAUCAUAAACUGAUUCAUUUUUUUACGCAAUAGUAUUGUUUCAAAACUGUAUUUGAGAUUUGUUAAGAAGACAACAUUGUUAUGCAAUGCUAAAAGCCAAUUAGGUAAUACUAUGCAUACCAGUGACUUAUGAUACACCUAAGGUUUCAGAGCAGUCAAUUUAAGUGUCUGUUUUACCUGAAUAUUUGUAAUAAUGUCUCAUUUGUAGAAAGCUUCCCAAGUACUUUAAACUCUUAGAAGUAGGGUCAGGGUCAGAGCUGAGAACUAAUAGAGUACAAGUACUUAGUAUUAUAUACAUGCUAUUGUAGUUAAGUAGAAUUUUUAGCUCUGUUUAUCUGUACGUUACUUGAGUAUUUAUUUUUCUGACAACUUUUACUCCCUACAUCUUAACCAAAAUAUAUCUGUAUAUCAAUAUACAUAUUUUCUACUCCUUACAUUUUCAAAUGUUUGUUACUUUAAAUGUAAGACACUUGAGAGGAGUUAUUUCUUGACAUUUCACACUUUUAAACAUCAAAGUAACAGAUAACUGUUAGUGUAUCCAUCACAGGUUCUUAUAGCAUGUGAUGAAUUAAACAAAGGGAAAUCUAGCUAGUGCUACAGAAGAGGAUCAAGCAUAAAAGAAGUAACAUUAGUGGCAGGCAAUUGGAAGUACAAAGUUUCAAACAGCUUAAUACAUACAUAUUGCCAAAAGUAUUCACUCACCCAUCCAAAUCAUUGAAUUCAGGUGUUCCAAUCACUUCCAUGGCCACAGGUGUAUAAAAUCAAGUGCCUAGGCAUGCAGUGAAAGAAUGGGUUACUCUCAGGAGUUCAGUUAAUUCCAGGAUGCCCUGUUAGGAUGCCCCCUGUGUAACAAGUCCAGUCAUGAAAUUUCCUUGCUACUAAAUAUUCCACAAUCAACUUUUAGUGGUAUUAUAACAAAGUAAAAGUGACUGGGAAUGAGAGGAACUCAGCCACAAAGUGGUAGGCCACAUAAAACCACAGAGCGGGGUCAGUGGAUGCUGAGGUGCAUACUGCACAGAGGUCACCAGGUUUCUGAGUCAAUUGCUCCAGAAACUCUAAACUUCAUGUAGCCUUCAGAUUAGCUUGAGAACAGUGCAUAGAGAGCAUAAUGGACUGUGUUUCCAUGGCUGAGCAGCUGCAUCCAAGCAUUAUAUAAUAUAAGCACUUGGUGUAAAGCAUGAGACCACUGGACUCUAGAGCAGUGGAGAAGUUUUCUCUGGAGUGACAAAUCACACUUCUUUGUCUGGAAAUCCAAUGGAUGAGUCUGGGUUUUGUGGUUGCCAGGAGAAUGGUACUUGUCUGACUGUACUGUGCCAAGUGUAAAGUUUGGACAGUUGGUAUUGUACGCUGUGUUGGGGAGUAAUGGAAUACAUGUACCAGCGUUACGUGUUUAAAGUAACUGUCUUCCGUUACACUUACCGUUUAAAAAGGUGGUAUUCAGAAUACAGUUACUUUGUUGAAAUAAAGGGAUUGCAUGGCGGUCUUUUCCUGUUUCAUAUGUUAGGCUAUGCUCUCUCUAUUUAUGGUAAUUCCACGCCGAUGAAAACCCAAACAAAACAUGCAUUAAGAGCCUCUAAUGACUGUGUCUCAAUCUCGCGGCCCAUGUCACCUCUACUUGCAGCCCGCAUAAUGACGUGACGAAAUAUUUUUAAAAAUUAUUGUUCAAAAAAUGAUUUAAUAUUAAGGCAAUACGCAGAGUGUUACAGGCAUAGCCCUAAAGAAUGUAGCCUCAUGGGCAGUGUAGCCCAGUUGUAAGUAAGCUAUUAAGACUCGACUGUACACUGUGUUCGUGUUUUCCUCCGAAAUAAUAAGUUCUGUUGGAGCAGCCUUUCAACGCCUCUUUCUGUCUCUCGCUAUCAAAGUUCAAACCAGACAACAAAGUAAAGCUAUUUUUCGGCUACGAGCCCGACACGAACCGACGUAUUAGCCAGAGGUCCCUUUACUACGGUUCGGAGCCGCGAACCUGUUUUUAUAUACGCGCGGAAUAGUUUUUUAUACGAGAUCGCUGCAAAAAGUGCAGCCUUACCUAAUGUCCACCUACUGUUACUCAUUUAUAUUAAGAUUUUAACAUCUAGUUGGUAUUGAUAUGGCCAGUAACCUUCAGUGAUAGUAAUAAAUCACACAGCAAUAGUACAUUCAUGUAGUUGUAAAAAGCUUGAUAAUAUAUUAAGUAAUCCAAAGUAUUCUGAAUACGUUACUCUUAUUGAGUAACAUAACGGAAUACAUUACAAAAUACAUUUUGGGUAAUGUAAUCUGUAAUCUGUAGUGGAAUACAUUAUAAAAGUAGCCUUCCCAACAAUGGUUGUACGACACCAACUGUCUGUCAGUUGGUGUCGUACAACCAUUGUUGGGAAAUUUUGAGAUCCCUUCCCAAACACCUUAACACCAGCUCACAUCCUGGGGGCUCCCAUAUUCCCGUACUCCCAUAGGGCUUAAAAUCUGGGACUCUCCACCAAUUGCUCUUAGAACUGAAGAAGCUUCUCGGAUGAGAGGUGAAACAUCUUCAAGGAAACUUAAGGAAGUCCAAAUGCUUUUCUUUCCAAGCUCCUUAGACUAUGAUGGCAUGGAUGACUGAGAACAUUCACAGACACAUUCACUGAAUUCCACAUUUAUAUUUUUAUACUGCCUAUGGGCUGGAAAUCAGUCAUGAUAGUUUAUGUAACAUCUGCUUAUAUCUUGUUGAAUUCAGAUGGCUAAAUCCAAUAAGAGCAGUAGUACAGUUUAGGCUAACCACAGCCUAAACACAAAAUCUACUCAAAUAUCAGGGUUCCCACACCUGCUGAAUCCCACUUUAACACAUGAAUAUAUUGACCUUCAUGUUUAAGUAUGGAGACAAAGCAAAGCAGAUGUUCAACAUCCAUUAGAAUUAGAAUUAAACUUGAAAUAAAAUUGA